UUGAAACUUGAGUUGAAAAGGAACAGUUUUCAUCAUUAAUGAUCUGCAAAUCAACAAGGCAUUUCAAAGAGGAAAGUCAGAACCGACCACAGGCUGCUGCUCUUUGAAAGUUCGCCUGAAAGCGAGCUCAGCCCCGCUGCUUCAGGUUUCUCACAGGGUUAAAGAGGAAGCAGUUCCGCCCUCAGAAGCUGCUCAGGGCUGAGGUAGAAGACAAGCAGAAAGAAUAGGGAAGAGCCCAGCACUCGAGCUGUUUCUGUCCUAACUAUCAAGACGAAACUAGGUCCUAAACUACACCGCAGGACUUUGGAGGACUUUGGCACCCAGGUGUGGCUUUGUCCGCUAAGGCGUCGUCGGGGGGAGAAAAAACAUGCGCACGAUAAAUUUGAGUCUGAAACUGUGGCGAUAGAAUUGCUGUGUGUCCGUGUUUGAAGCCCCGGUUAACGCUUCAGGAUCUGGGGAAAUUUUGUUUUGGGCUUUUUGGGCGAGACCUGGUGAAUCAGGCCUUGAAACGCUUUUUAAUCUUCAAAGAAAGUUUCCCCAUCAGGAAUGAGUGGGGAAGAAGAGAGAUUCAAACUGGUGGUGGUGGGAGGCGGUGGAGUGGGGAAGAGCGCCCUGACCAUCCAGUUCAUCCAGUCCUACUUUGUGUCAGACUACGACCCCACCAUUGAAGACUCCUACACCAAGGUGUGCACUGUGGAUGGGAAGGAGACUCGGCUAGACAUUCUAGAUACAGCAGGCCAGGAGGAGUUUGGUGCCAUGAGGGAGCAAUACAUGCGGUCUGGAGAAGGCUUCUUACUGGUGUUUGCUCUCAACGACCGGGGCAGUUUUCAUGAGGUCCAGAAGUUCCACACCCAGAUCCUGAGGGUAAAGGACCGAGACGACUUUCCCAUGGUGCUGGUUGGAAACAAGGCUGACCUGGAGCAGCAUAGAGUGAUCUCCAGGGAGGAUGCUCAGGCGUUUGCCAGAGAGAACAAGAUCUACUACAUGGAAGCUUCUGCCAAAAAUCGCUACCAUGUGGAUGAAGCUUUCAUGGAGUUGGUGAAGAUCAUCAGACGGUUUCAGGAGAUGGAGAGUCCUCCUCCUCCAACUCAACAAACUGGGAAACAGAACAGUCGUGGCUGUCCCUGUGUCAUCCUGUAGGCAUCGUUACUAUGGACACCAAACCCUCAUCCCACUUGAGCUUGUACAAAGAAAUAUGUGUGUGUGUGUGUGUGUCAGAGUGAGUGACAGAUAAGGUCUAUCAACCAACCUUCCAGAACAUUUUCUUUGCAAUUUACCAAAAACUAUUUUUUUUUUCAGCCUAUAAUUUUUUGUUUUAUUUUCAUGAGAAGAAUGUAAAGAGAAGGUUGUCUACAGCAGCAGAUGGAGAAAGAGGAAGUGAAACUUCUCACAUCAGAGCCUGAUGUACAGAAGAAGAGCUGCCUCAUCAUUCUAUGACAGACUGCAUUCUGAACGCAGACCCUGGGUGUAGAUUGGAGUCAGAAAGUAUUUCACAUUCUUGUGCAAUGUGGCACGCCCUAAACUAGUCAUGGGCUGUAUUGUCAUCUCCCAUGACUUCCUGAGGGGGGCAGCAGAGCCUGACAGCUGAAACUACAUGCCUGCUUCAUAGUGUGCUUAUGCCUUGGGUUCUAUCUAUAGUUUGGGGUGCUUUUGCAAUGCAUGGCCCACAUAAGUUUGGUGCUUUAGUGGGAAAAUUGUGUUUUUAUGAAAUAUUACAUAAACUUCAGCUGGGUGCAGUAUUUCUUAACAGAACUAAUUUCUUUAUUUGAACUCCUAGGGCAAUUAUACAUCGACUACAGCACCUGUACUGUGGUAAGAGGAGAUUAUCAGGGUAGUAAUUUGCCACAGAAGCAGUAGUGAAGGCAGUAUUUUAAAAAUGACCCAGAACUUUUGGGGUAGAUUUGCUUCAGUAAAACCGCUAGUGUUCAUGUUUUCUGUUUACUUUAGAAGUAAUCCUUUUAAAUCACACAUUUCUGCAUUUCGCUUAAGAAGAGGAAGUUAAUAGUUUAGUGCUUUAGUGCAUCUGCGCUCCAAGAAACAAAUAAAAACAUAACCACAAUUAAUGAAGAACGACAUUUUCUCACACAUUUAAAGGACAAAAUAAAUUUGACUACAGUUACAUGUGUAAUCAGCAGAGUUGGAUUUGGUUCUAGAGCAAGUUUUGGUUUUCUAACCACUAAGGAAAAAAUCUUUUAGUAAUGAAAAUUACAGUACAUUAAUAGGUAAUCCUUUACAUCAGCAAAGGAUUAUCUUUGCUGCUUUAAUUCAUUCAAAUAUGAGUUGAUUCAUGUUAAGUUGAAUAUCUCCAUGCUGUUUCCAGAGAAAUGUGCUAUAAUAUUUUGAAAUACUUGAAUAUUGUCUAUAGUCAUAAAAAUCCCAAAAUAUUCAGGCACCUGAACUUAUUUAAGCCUAUAAAUUUUAUAUAAAGUACAAAGUUAGCAAAAUAUGCAUUCAUUAAAAAAAACAAACAACUUUCGUGGCCACCCACAAAAAUCAGAGCCCUGAGCUACUGCCCCUGUAAGCCCAUUCCAAAGUUUUCCUGGGUAACCAGAGUCCUAAUGGAGGACUGUUUGAUUGGAACUGUGGGAGAAAUCCGAGGUUGUGAAAUCCUCAUGAGUCCAUCCACAAUGCUGUGCCUCUGCAAAGGAGGAAUGAUAUAUGUGAAUAAUAAUCUGCUGUAAUUUUAAUUUUAAAAAUAAUUUUUAUUAUUGUUUCUCCCAAAGCAGCUUUGUUGUUUCAUUUCUUGUUAACAGUAUUACUCGCCAGCAGCAGCAGCGGCCCGGGGGAUGGGGGGGCAGAGCGUUCAGGGCCAAUUGGCUGCUGGUCAUAAAGGUUCAGGGUAAAAAAACUCCCCACAAUCUACACAUUUUAAUUCAUAGAUGAAUUAUUGGACAUGCAGAUGUAUUUCUUAUAUUAUGCUUUUAUUGGGGAUAGGUGAGGUGCUAUUUGUUGUUUUAUCACAAUGCUAGAUUAAGGUACAGACAGCCACCUUUGUGUUCUGAUUAGUAAAUGACUUAAAGUUGUUAUAAUAAGCUUUUUGAGAUGCAAACUACUCUGUGGUCCUGGUGUUCAUUUCACGUUGGAGGGGGUUGGUUCACCUUUUAUCUGUUUUUCAAAUCCAGAUGAUUACUGCGAAGCCUCUCAUUUAUUUGGUUUCCAACAUAAGAAGGGAAGUGUCGUUCAAAGCUUUACCUGAAACUGUAGCAAACAUCACUUGCUCACGAAGGGAAACUGCAACGUUCGAUACAGUCCUGGAGUAUAAAACAGUCAGUUUUCUUAUAUGACAAUGUUGUCAGCAUAUUAUCACCACUUUCAGGAGAUCACAAGGAAUUAAUGUAUAUACUCAAAUCUUGCAAUAGACAAUCAAAUUAGGCACAUUCUCAGCUUUUUAUUUUAGAACAAGAUAGAGUUUUAUGACCUCCCACAGUGCUAUCAAAAUGUUCACAUUUCUAAGUGCUGCUUUAUGUUAAUUUUUCUAAGAGGCAUCAUUUUUAUCUGAAACCAUACAAUUCACAUAUCCAAGUUUCAAAUUUUGUUUCAUGCUUAAACAUCAAUAAAACAUUUCUAGAAAAAAAAA